GAGGUCACGGACAGGCACAGAGCGGAGCGCGCGCAGCAACGGCAAUAGAGAGAGAGAGAGAGAGAGAGAGAAAACAUGAGCUGUGCGACAGAGGCAGGAAACGUUUUAUUCACGCAAGCUUAAGUCGAGCGAAUUCCCGACCGACAACUCAUUUUUUACUUCUUUAAAUAGGAACUAUUAGGAGAACGCAGUGCUCUAGACGCUGCUGGAUCUUGGUUGGAACAGGAAGAAAUUCCCCUCCUUGCGUAAGAGGAAAAAAAACAGACCGAAAAGACUCGGGUGCAUGAGUACGAAGAGGAAAGUUUUCCUGUCUGAAAAGCGUCUGAACUCGGCUGAAAUCGAGAGGGGUGAACCAUGCACGCGCUGUACAGCGUGGGGUAGCUGCGUCGUGUCCUGCUUUUGAAGGGAUUUCGGAGACCUCUGCAAAGUUUAACGGGGGUUUGUUCUCAUGCGACAGAAGACGGACGGUAGAAACGGAUCCCGUCACGCGCUCGCUUAGAGCCAUUGUUCGCAAGCUUUUUCGCUGAGGGAUUCUGCGUUCCUCGAACGGGGCAACCAGGGAGAUAACUUGGUUGGAUUUACAUUUAUGCGUUUUUACUUUUUUCCCAUGUUCUCUUCAUCAUCGUUCCCCACCUUCAGGAUGCACGUUCUUCUGAAAUGCGUGUUGAUCUCGCAGCUCGCGCUGCUGCUGCUGGCCACAAGCGGCCGGGCGCUGUUGUGUUUGCCCUGUGACGAGUCCAAGUGCGAGGAGCCCAAGCAGUGUGUCGGCGCCGUGGUACCUGGUAUAUGUGGCUGCUGCUCCGUGUGCGCCAAGCAGAAGAACGAGAGCUGCGGCGGUGUAUACGGCCUGUACGGCACGUGCGACGCGGGGCUGCGGUGCGUGAUCAGACCACCGCUCGACGGCGGCUCCAUCACGCAGUACGAAGUCGGAGUUUGCGAAGAUGAAAACUGGGAUGACGACCAGCUCUUGGGAUUUGAACCAUGCAACGAGAACCUGGUUACGGGCUGUAACAUAAUUGACGGGAGGUGUGAAUGUGACAGCGUACGAACAUGCAACAACCCAUUUGAGUUUGCCAGCGAGGAGGCUUGUCAGACAGCCCUGAAGAAGAUCGAAGAGGAGAGGCCGGACUGCUCUAAAGCCAGGUGUGAGGUCCAGUUCUCUCCCCGUUGUCCUGAAGACUCGGUGCUGAUUGAAGGUUACGCCCCGCCUGGUGAAUGCUGCCCUCUGCCCAGUCGCUGUGUGUGCAGUCCUGCUGGCUGUCUGAGGAAAGUCUGCCAACCUGGAUACCUCAACAUCCUCGUAUCCAAAAGCUCUGGCAAACCUGGAGAAUGCUGCGACCUGUACGAGUGCAAACCAGUUUUCAGUGUGGAUUGCAGUACGGUGGAAUGUCCUCCCAUACAGCCCAUGCAGUGUCCAGCAGAUAGCUACGAAACACAGGUCAGGCUCACGGCAGAUGGCUGCUGCACAUUACCCACCAGGUGUGAGUGUUUGCCUGGAGUCUGCACCUUCCCACAAUGCUCAACAGGAACGCUGCCUCACUUGGUCUCCCGUGGGGAUGGAACGCCGGGACGGUGCUGUGAUGUGUACGAGUGUGUCAAUGAGACUAAACCAGCCUGUAUCUACAACGGAGUGGAAUAUCGUGAUGGUGACAUGUUCAGGAUGGACGCCUGCCAUUUCUGCCGCUGCCAGGGCGGCGUGUCAGUGUGUUUCACAGCACAGUGCGGCGUCCUCCACUGCGAACGCUACUACGUACCAGAGGGAGAGUGCUGUCCUGUCUGUGAAGAUCCUAUCUUCCCUGCACUGAAUUUUGCCGGCUGCUAUGUGAAUGGCCAGAUCCUGGCUCAUGGGGAUCAUUGGCGAGAGGACGACUGCACAUUCUGUCAGUGUGUGAGCGGCGAAGCCCGUUGUGUAGCUGCUGCCUGCGGCCAUAACUGCCUCCACCCGGUCACAGUGCCUGGAGAAUGCUGUCCUGUGUGUGAGGAGCCCACCUAUAUCACCAUGGCGCCCCCUGGCUGCAGCUUGCUGGAGAACUGCACUCUGACGGAGAAGGACUGUGCCUCCGGCUUCCGGCUCGACUCUCACGGAUGCCGCACCUGCAGCUGCAGAACAAGAGAGGAACUGUGCAGUGCUCUGAUCUCAGGCUGCACCUUGAAGUGUCCGCUCGGCUUCCAGAUAGAUGCCAACGGCUGUGCCAUGUGUCAGUGUCGGCAUCGCCACAAGAAGUGCAAACCGGUAGCCUGCGCCAAGGAAUGCCCCUUCGGCUUUGUUAAAAACAAGCAUGGCUGUGAUACCUGUCGCUGUAAAAAGUGCCCUGAAUUGCCAUGUGACAAAUCCUGUCCAGUGGGCUUCCAGCAGGACGAGCAGGGCUGUCUCAUUUGCCAGUGCAGAGACCAGGGUUCUUCGUCUCUUGGCCCCUCAGUUAAGCUGGGCUCAUGUCUCUCUAUGGAUGGCCGGAGACAUGAGAACGGUCAAAGUUGGCACGACGGCUGCAGGGAGUGCUACUGCCAUGAUGGCCGAGAGAUGUGCGCUCUGAUCUCCUGCCCUGUGCCUAACUGUGACAACCCGAGCAUCCGCGCCAGCCAGUGCUGUCCAUCCUGCCCAGAUGAAUCUGGCUCUCACAGGCCGGAGCUGAGCGAGGCGUCCGUGUGUCUCGCCCCGGGUGGAGAGUACUUUGUGGAAGGAGAGACGUGGAAUAUUGACUCAUGUACCCAGUGCACCUGCCACAGCGGCCGUGUGCUGUGCGAGACUGAGGUGUGUCCUCCUCUUCUCUGCCAGAGCCCAAUCAGAACACAGGACUCCUGCUGCCCGCACUGUCCAGAUGAGCCUCUAACUCCACCAUCCCCCAGCAACAACAGCAUGCCCAGCUACUGCCGCAAUGAGGAGGGGGACAUCUUUCUGGCAGCCGAGUCCUGGAAGCCCAAUGUUUGCUCCAGCUGUGUGUGUGUGGAUGGAGUCAUCAGCUGUUUCUCAGAGUCUUGCCCUCCGGUCAACUGUGCACGGCCUGUCCUGCGCAAGGGCCAGUGCUGCCCCUAUUGCCUAGAUGCUACACCGAGAGCUGUGUGCCACUUCAAUGGGAAAACGUACGUGGAUGAGGAGCGCUGGGACAUUGACAGCUGCACACAUUGCUACUGCUUGCAGGGCCAGACGCUGUGUUCCACAGUCAGUUGCCCUGCCCUCCCCUGCCACCAGCCAGUCACAGUGGAGGGCAGCUGCUGCCCCUUGUGUCCAGAAACAGUCCCUACUAACGUUCCGAUAGAGAAGACGGACCAGCACGGAGACAGACAUCAUCGACCUGCCUGGCCUACACAUAGCGAGAAUGACAUCAUGCCCCAGUUUAGAGCAGGGGACUUUGGCAGCCUGCAGAUGCCGUAUCUGGACGGGAAGACACCAGUGCCUAGUGAGGAUGCCAGCCUUCAUUGGGCCUGGGUGGCUUUGCCCAUCCUCAUGAUGGUGCUCACCAUCGCCGCUUUGCUACUAGUCAACCAGAGGAAACAGUGGAUGCAUGUGCCUUGCUACCAUACACCCUCUAAGCCCACGUGUCUGAAUAACCAGCUGGUAUACGUUGACUGCCAGAAAGGGACGAAGGUACAGGUGGACAGCUCCCAGCGCAUGCUACGCAUCGCCGACCCCGACUCACGCUACAGUGGUUAUUACAGCAUGCAGAAACAUAACAACCUGGAGGCAGACAACUUCUACCAGACUGCGUGAGCGACAGCGGCCUGCGACGAGUGAGAGAGAUUUUAGAGAGAGACAGAGAGACUGGGGUCAGCCGCCAAACCUAGAGAGCACAUUAACAGAGAACUAGAUUUAAAAAAGCUAUUAUCAUGGCUAAGAAAAUCCUGUGAUGGACAGUGCAACCAAGCAGAAAAAAAGAGAACAGAGUUAAGACCCUGGUUAAACACAAUAAUCAUAAUACCCACAUUAAUCGAACGCCACUCCAAACCGCACGCAGACGACGUAAAAGUCUCAACAGGACGUGAUCAUGUUGCCAAGUCAGUCACUGCAGGACUGUAUUUAUUUGAAUGGGAGGUGCUGAGUGCAUUUCCUGGGAUAUUUUUGUGUAUGUUAUCGUGAGAAUGUGUGUGUGUAAGUGUGUGUGUGUCUGUGGUUGGAGGUUAAUGAGCUCAAACAUACAUAUUUGGGAUUAGGGCAGACUGGGGUGUUUUUGAAAAGUGAUAUUUUUUGUGCAUUCCUGUUUUUUUUUUACACAGAAAAAAAAGCUAUUUGAAAAGUUUUUGAAGAAAGACUCAUAAAAAGUGCUUGGAGUGAAUGUUGAACCAAAGCUUCUCUGGGAGGGAUGAGUCUCCGUUGGUAGAGAAGAUACUGGACAAUGUGGGAGAAGGUGAGACGUAGAGAGAGACGAAACAAGGUGAAAAAGAAUGAGAGCGCAGAUCUGCUAGGACAUUUCCCUCUUCUUACAAAGGCAGGGCUCAACUUUUUUUUAGCCCCUUUAAAAGAGGAACGGAGGGCAACUUAAAGAGCAGCUCAGUGGAAAUUAGAUGUUCCUGCUUAGGUGGAUUGGUGUUGGUCUCUCUGCUUACAGUUAUAAGCUUUUUUCCCCUUUUCACAUUACCGUCUUUUUAUUUUUAUUCUACAACAGAGUGAGUAGAUGCUUUCUCACACUCCCAGCAACAAUAUACAUUGUGAGAAAGGGAGUAUAAAGGGUUGUUACAUGGGAUAAUUAUAAGAGGUAGUUAUACUGGUUUGAUGAGUCUAUGCUACAAGUGCUGCUUUUUUUUUUGCUUUGAUUCUGUAGGCCUUGUUUUCUACAGGUUGAGCUGUAGUAUCAAUCACAUACCUGGGAAACAUGCAAGGAAACACAAUCAAACCAUACGACGAAAAGACUUUUGCUAGAGGACUUUUGUUUAAGGCCAAAAAUGCUCUUUAAUCAAUUUCCCUUGUUUCUUACAGAUAAUGAAACAGCUUCCUCGUCUGGAGCCUUUGAAAUGCUUUGAAAAGCACCUUUUGUUAAUCCUUGCUUAAAAAAAAAAAAAGAAAAACAACAACUCUGCUACCAAAUUGGCUUUAAAUUCCUACACACCGUAUAGGAACAUUUUAUGUACAUAUUAACACUAUAAUGAAUAGACAUGAGAUAUUGUGUGAGUAUAUAUGUGUGUGUAUGUUUGUGUUAGCAUGUAUGUACGUGUGUGCACACAAACGCACAUGCAUGCGCACAUUGACUCUGCUUCACCUGUAAAGUUCUCUGUUUCAUUUUUUUUCUUACUGAAUGUAUUUAUGACUGAGUUUAAAAAAAAGAAAAAAAAAAAGAGAUAUUUCUAUCUAGGGAAAUCUGAUCACGACAGGCAUUCCAUUGCCUAGCUUGUAUGAUAGUAAGUCGAAAGACGGACCCACAGAGAAAAAAAAAAAAAAAGAAGAGACCGAAAGAAAAAGACAAACAUCUCAUUCUAUUUGUUGUUUCCUAUUUUGUCGUUUUGUUUUUCGACUAGUUUUACUUUCUUACUUCCUCUGUUUUGUUUUUUUCGUUUUGUUUUUGAAUGGAGUGGUCCUCAACUGACCCGAUUCAGCACUGUUUUAAACAAGCUCUUGUUGAUUUGCCCAUUUUAAAGAGCAAAUGCAGUAAAUGUGAGUAAAUGCAGGACCGUCAGGGUGUACUUGUUUACUCGCUGAGGUGUUCAGCACUAAUGAGAGGAUCAACAGCAAAAUCUGGCAAACAUCUGCAUCACAGUGCCUCUUGACCCGCUUUGCGUAUGCAAUUACUUCCUUCAACAAAGCUAAUCUGUCUUGAGCUAACAGAUUUUUCAGAUUAUUAAUAUACCAUGGUGCCAGUACUGAUGCUGGUUUCUGCUGAACUCAGCCACAUAGUGACAUUAUAAACUCCAGUCCCUAGCUACUGUUCUUACCAGUAAUGGACGCUAAGUAAUACACUGACUAAUCUGGCCAUAGUGAAGGUCAGUAAAAAUGCUGAAAGACAUUAUAUUUGCAUCUGCUGCUUCUUGGAAGCUGAGAAGACAAGCCUUCUGCCUGUUACUCUUUUUGCUGCAACAACACAGCAAAAACUACCUUUUUUCAUCUUUUCAUGAGGCUUCAGCAAGUGUGUUUGUUGCUCAUUUUCACUUCUCAACUCCAUGCAUUGCUGCACUGUUGGCAUCAUUUUGUUGUGGAAUGAUCAUUGCCCAUAAAUCCAAUAUAAUCAGGGCCUGGCGAAACUUAUUGCCAUGAUACGACAACAUAGUUGAUCAAUUUUUUACCAGCCACUAGAAUUAGCAUCAUCUAAAGUGUGCAGUAAAACACACAUUCAUUUGAUGGUGCAGAUUUAACAAUAACAAUAAGGCCACUUCCUCAAGUCCACCAGAGGAGAAUGAGAUACGUUUUAUAGAAGUUUUUUUGUUGUUGAUGUUUUUUGCUACGCAAAAGGGGUCACGGUUCACAUGGUGUUGACUUGCUGUUGGUACUUGGCAAGUAAACAAGCACGUGGAAAUGCUCGACUAGUUACAAACACUAGUUACAUUAUAUCUGAUAAUACAUGACAAUGUGCAUAAAUACACUAGGUAACUUGGCAAGCUCACAGUUCGGAGGAAAGUGGCCAUGUAAAAUGCUUAAACAGCACUGCGCUCCCAAGGACAAGUGCCUUUUAAUUAAAAGAUAUACUUCUUAUUAUUCCCUCCGAGCAUUGUUCUACAAGUAGGUGAUAAGUGCAAGUCAACAAGGGCGUGUUGAAAACAGAUUUGAACUGCAGGUCAUGUCUCUUUGCUCCUUUCCUUGCUUUCUAUUGAUCUGACAGUGUGAGCUGUCGGUUUGCGGCUCCAUUGUUUUUCUCAGUCACGGGCCCCUGCAGGCGUCAGAACUACUGGAACCUCGGCACACAAGUUGAAUCCCAAACGAGGAUCCUUGUUAGGCAUUAGGCAGGGUGCAACGCCAAUGGUUCAUACCCUAUGCAGAUUUGGUAUCAUGAGUUUAGGAUUGAACCAAACGCUAUAGAGAAGCAGGGGAGGGGCAAGGCUCUCCAUCUAGUUCUUGUUGGUUGUGUCUAAAAUAUCUUGUCUGUUAAUGUUUGUAGAACUAUACUUUUGGCACUUUUAUAUAGUUUAAUGAGUAACCUCUGGGUUUUUCUUUUCUUUCUUUUUCUAACAAAUGCUUUUCAUAGAAAAAGUUGCCCUUUUUGUGUUCUUAAAACCUUGCGGGACCCUUUGCAGUGCAGCAACGAGCAAUUUGUCAUGAAUAUAUAUAUAUGUAUAUAUAUAUAUAUAUAUAUAUAUAUAUAUAUAUAUAUAUAUAUAUAUAUAUAUAUAUAUAUAUAUAUAGACUAGUUUUGAAAUUUCAUGUAAGCAUGAUGGGGUACUGUGAUGGAAAAUGGGAAUGGGAACAAAAUGGGAAUAUUUACUCUUUAUCUUCAGAGAGUACACAGAGAGCGAGCUAUAAACCUGCUUCCCUCUGGUGAAAUCACACAGCUUCUCUCCACCGUGUAAACACUGCCGCUUAUUGAACAUCCUGACUCUCAGUCACGGCCGGUGCAGCGACUCGAGAUAAACAAGCAGUGGAACAGAGCCACGUCAACAAUUGUUUCGUAGACUAGAGCCACAAAUUCCAACCUGAUAUGACAAUUUUUUAGUGAGCUGAAUUAAAAUUGAUGAAUGCAUUAGAGUCAAUCGGCAUCUCAAUUUCAAGUUUAAAUUCAGCACUGCCUGUUACAAAGCAACGUAAAUGCUCCCACACAGGAUUUAGCUCCACCACUACCUUCGAAUCAGACGUCUGUCUCAGUGCAGACGUAUUGAAUUUAGGUGUGGAUGUGGCCUUAUCUAAUGGCUGAGGAGAACCACUGACUUAUUCAGAUUGCUCUGUUCAGAGGGUCUCGCAGGAUCUUUUAUUUUUAUUUAAAAAAAAAUUUCAGUGCAUCCUUCAAGUAUUGUUGUAAAUACUUGAGUGUCACUCGCCAAAACAAAAUAAAUAAAAAAAAAAACAGACAAAAAAGGUUGGAAAGAGGUAAAAAAAAAAUUAAAAGAUUUAAUUUAUUGUUUUAAAUACCUUAGUAAUUUAUUUACAAGCAGAACGAUUGAGCAUAUAUAUACGAAUUUUAAUCAAAGACACAGCUGAAAUCGUGCGACAGUUUUGGUGUUGUCUUGGACUCUAAACGAAGGUUUUAAGAAUGGUUAAAUUUGAUGAUAUAGGACACACUUUAUUUAUGUUAGGCUGUUUUCCCCCUUUUCCCAUUUUAACUUUCUCCUGGAACACUGCUCUUUCCUUUUGGGAAAAACAGGCAGGCCUGGUCCUGUGUUCCACUAAGUAACCUGAAUGAAUUUGGAGACAUUUCUCUCCCGAUCUCUUCCUUCCUACUCAGUCUGUCCACAAAAAAACACACACACAGAGCCUUUUUUAACUUUGUAUACUACUGGUGUUGUAUGCUCAUGUAAAAAACGAAAAAAAAAAAAAAAGUAAGAAUUGUUGAUAUUGGUAAUGAUAAUGCAGAUUUCUAAAGAGGGUAGAUGAAGAUUUGACUCAGAAUUCCUGUAGCACAGCAGAUCUUUUCAAUUUCUUGUAUUAUUUUGUUUGUUUCUUCGCAGCACAAUAAAUACUUUUUAAAUA